AUAGAAACGCCCCGGCCGGCGCGGCGGCGCGCGGGGCGGGCUCUCGGGCUCCCGGAGGCAGCGGCUAGCGUUCGGGAGUCUCCGAGCCCCCCCGUCGUUGGGCUCUAGCCAAGGGUCUCUGGCGGUUCGUGAGGCAAGAUGUUGAGGCGCAGCCUGGAAAACCGGGACGCUCAAACCAGACAACUGCAAGAUGCUGUCACAAAUGUGGAGAAGCAUUUUGGAGAGCUGUGCCAAAUCUUUGCUGCUUAUGUACGGAAAACUGCCAGACUGAGAGACAAAGCAGACCUCCUGGUGAAUGAAGUCAACGUGUAUGCCUCUACAGAGACCCCAAAUUUAAAGCAGGGCCUGAAAAACUUUGCUGAUGAGUUUGCUAAACUUCAGGAUUAUCGGCAAGCAGAGGUUGAAAGACUUGAAGCCAAAGUAGUUGAACCUUUGAAAGCUUAUGGAACCAUUGUAAAAAUGAAACGGGAUGACCUGAAAGCAACACUAACAGCAAAGAAUCGAGAAGCUAAGCAGUUAAGUCAAUUAGAAAGAACACGGCAACGAAACCCAUCUGAUCGACAUAUAAUUUCACAGGCAGAAUCUGAAUUACAGAGAGCAACAAUGGAUGCUACCCGAACAACUCGUCAUCUGGAGGAAACUAUUGACAAUUUUGAAAAACAGAAAAUCAAGGAUAUAAAGAAUAUAUUUUCAGAAUUUAUCACAAUUGAAAUGUUAUUUCAUGGCAAAGCUUUAGAGGUCUAUACUGCUGCCUACCAGAAUAUACAAAAGAUUGAUGAGGAUGAAGAUCUAGAGGUUUUCCGAAAUUCUCUGUAUCCACAAGAUUAUUCAUCUCGUUUAGAUAUUGUAAGAGCAAAUUCAAAAUCACCUUUGCAGAGAUCACUGUCUACUAAGUGUGUAUCUGGAACAGGACAGAUAGCUACCUGUCGGCUAAGAAAGGAUCAACAAGCAGAUGACGAUGAUGAAGAUGAUGACGACUUAGAUGUUACAGAAGAAGAAAAUCAAUUUUAAGUAAACCUUAUUUCCAUUUUCAUCUUAAAUGACUUGAAAUUCUGGAUUACUAAACUGUAAAACUUUAUAUUCAGUUGAUGGGUUUCACCUCAAAAUGAAAUCCUACUAAAAUGGAAAAAUAAUUAAAGAAAUUUAUGCUCACCAAAAAUGAAGGUUUUAAAAAAUGAUAUACCCUAGUCAUUUCAACAUUCUACCCUAGUGUUAUGUGAUUUUUUUAAUAUAAGUUCCAGUAAAAAAAAAAUAUGUAUUUCAAAACAUUUCAGAUUAAUUCACUAUACCUAGUUGAAGUUGCAACAAUAGAUAAAAAGAAAAAAAAAGAUUUUAACAAUUCUUCAUGGCUUCUUUUUAAGACUCCCUGUUUUCAACACCAGAAAAGGUAUGAUUACAAAUUCUACUUCAUAAAGCCUUAAAUAAAAAGCUUUUUUUCUCUUUUACCUUUAUUAAAACCUAUGUGUCAUUUGAUAUGUAAAUUUACAGUUUUCAACAAGAGUGUAAUCAAAUACAAUAAAGGUACUGAGGCAUUAUGACAAUAGGUUUUACAAGUGUCCAUAAAGCUUAUAUUUUAGUCUUAAACAAAAGUGCUAUCAUACCAAACAAUUAUAUGUGGUACUGCAAUUUGGAAAAAAAAGUAACUUUUUGGAAUGUUGCCUUGUCUUGGAACACCAUGCAUCACUAAAAAACUCUUUAAAAUUUUUGCCAAGCUAUAAUCUAGUUAAUGAAUUAUGACCUAAAAUAUAAAAAAUUUAAUCAGAA